CCAUUCUCGCUUGCUAUAAAAAAUAAACGAAGCUCCAUCCAUCUCUCUCGGUCUUCCAUAUCUCUCUCUCUACCUCCAUUUCACCCCCUCUCUCUCUCUUAGAUCUGCGAUUGUACCGGAUUCAGUUUCUGCAGUAACAAUGUUGGGAGCUUUGGAGGAGGAGACGGUGGCGAUGAACGGGAAGGCGGUAGAGAUCUUGUCGGAGGAUUUCGAUCCGACGGCAGUGGUGGCGGAGCCGCUGCCUCCGCUCGCGGAAACGGUUAAUGGCGUAGGGGAUUUUGAAGAAGAUGACGUUUGUCCGGUGAAGGAGAAGGUGAAAAAUACCACGACGACGGAGAUGAACGGAGGAGAGAAGGAGAUCGUGCUCGGUCGGAACGUACACACAACGUGCCUCGCCGUGACGGAGCCUGAGGCCAACGACGACUUCACCGGUGACAAGGAAGCGUACAUGGCGAGCGUCCUGGCUCGGUACCGCAAAACCUUGGUCGAGAGGACCAAACACCAUCUGGGUUAUCCGUAUAACUUGGAUUUCGAUUACGGAGCUCUGGGGCAGUUGCAGCAUUUCUCCAUCAACAAUCUGGGAGAUCCGUUCAUCGAGAGCAACUACGGUGUUCACUCCAGACCCUUUGAAGUCGGUGUCUUGGAUUGGUUUGCACGUCUUUGGGAGAUUGAGAAAGAUGAUUACUGGGGUUACAUUACAAACUGUGGCACCGAAGGAAACCUUCAUGGGAUUUUAGUUGGGAGGGAAGUGUUUCCGGAUGGGGUUCUGUAUGCAUCUCGUGAAUCGCAUUACUCUGUCUUCAAGGCGGCUCGUAUGUACAGAAUGGAGUGCGUGAAGGUCGAUACGCUUAUAUCGGGAGAGAUCGACUGUAAGGAUUUCAAAGAGAAGUUGCUGGCUAACAAAGGCAAACCCGCAAUCAUCAACGUGAACAUAGGAACAACUGUGAAAGGAGCUGUUGAUGACCUCGAUCUUGUUAUCGAAACCCUCAAAGAGAAUGGCUUCUCGCAGGAUAGAUUCUACAUUCACUGCGAUGGAGCUCUGUUCGGAUUGAUGAUGCCUUUUGUCAAACGUGCACCGAAAGUCACAUUCAAGAAACCGAUAGGAAGUGUGAGUGUCUCGGGCCACAAAUUUGUCGGUUGUCCAAUGCCUUGCGGUGUACAGAUAACGAGGAUGGAGCACAUCAAAGUACUCUCGAGAAAUGUUGAGUACCUCGCCUCGAGGGAUGCAACGAUCAUGGGAAGUCGGAAUGGGCAUGCCCCGCUGUUCCUCUGGUACACCCUCAGCCAAAAGGGCUACAAGGGUUUCCAGAAAGAAGUCCAGAAAUGCCUAAGAAAUGCUCAUUACCUCAAAGACCGUCUUCGAGGAGCCGGGAUCAGCGCCAUGCUUAAUGAGCUCAGCAGCACCGUUGUCUUUGAACGGCCCAAAGACGAAGAGUUUGUGAGAAGGUGGCAGCUCGCUUGCCAGGGAAAUAUCGCUCACGUCGUGGUGAUGCCAAGCGUCUCGAUCGGUAAGUUGGACAGCUUCCUGAACGAACUCGUCGAGCAGAGAUCACUCUGGUACAAGGAUGAGUCUCAGCCUCCUUGCGUGGCUUCCGAUGUGGGCACUGAGAAUUGCAUCUGUCCGACUCACAAGUGAAACCGGUUUCGGCAGUAUCCGUCUGUCUGUUGUCUCGUAAACCAAUCGGUUAUUUUCUGAAUCAUUUUGUUAUACCCUGGAAAUUGGUUUUGCAUCAGUGUUAAAUUUUCCGGUUUAGCUA